GUGUGACCGAGUAGUUCACUUCGACAUGCUAUUAUAAAUCGGCAAUUAUACCUAGUCUAUGCUCACAACACAUAUACAUAUACGCACACAAUACACGUAUAAUACAUAUACUAUGUAAUCAGUGCUACAAUGGUCAGAACCAAAAGAUUUAAGAAGAAUCAAAACACGACCGAAGAGCAAGAAGCAGAUACACAUGAGACUAGUAUAGAUGUAAAGGUAGAAAACACAACACCACACAAGUUAGACGAUGCUCCCACAGGCGCAGGCGAGGACGAUGAGACGGAUGACGAUGAUAUAGUACUCAAGGGUCGACCAUUAAAAGGGAAUGUUUUGAGUACUGUAGUGAGUGAGGAGGACGAUGAUAGUAGUGUUGAUAUGAAUGUAAAUGUCGAGAAGAAGGAGGGUGUAGAAUUAACGCGAGAGAGUAAGGAUGUAAAGGAGGAAGAAAGUACUGCUGAAGUCAAGAAAAAUGAAUCUCAGGCACCGCCAAAGGUAUUCGUACCUUACAACCAACGACCAAAUCUCUAUGAAGGUGACGAUAGCGAUGAUCCCGUAGUAGAGGAAAUGGAUGUUUUCUUAUCACAAACAUUAGCAGACAACAUGUAUAUAUUUCAGUACCCUCUCAGAGGGGAAUUGGCUGGCCCGUUCGACACCGACAAUCAAGAUAUCACUCUCCGUAUGAAGCCCAAGCAAGAGAAAGUGGAGAUGACCGUUAUGUUGAACACACAGAGUGAUUCAUACAACUUCGCCAAGGCGUUGCAAAUCGCCGACUUGACUGCAACCGAGAAAAUGAGCGAAGAGGAAAGAGCCGAGGCAUCGCAUUUCCCUGAGGAUUUGAAAAUGGACCGGUAUUGGCUGACUUCGACGCGGAACCAAAUCGGUACACAUUACUGCGUGGGCCUUAUCGUCGACGGACAGGUGCAUUUGACCCCCGUCAAAGGUAUCCUACAGAUGCGUCCCGACAUGUCAUAUUUAGAUCCCAAACCGGCGCCUAAGGAAGACGAUAGCGAGGCCAACGAAGCCAAAGCCAAAGCAGUGAACGUCAGAGUUCAGACAAGCAGAGAGAAGAUGUUGGCGGCAAGGAAAGCCAAGGACAUGGAGACCGAUGAGGACUGGGUGGGCCUGUCCACUUUCUACCGAGACCACCACAACACGGACGUUGUGGUCAGUAAGAUGGUGGUUGAUCCCGCUCUCCCUCCCAUUCCGUUCCCACUCACUGCGGAUGAGUAUGUGGAGACGCUGAGCUGCGUCAAUCGGGCCAACCAGAAUGCCAAGAAAGACGCAGUAGUCCAUCCCGACGGCGUGAAACAGUCGGCGCAUAAGAUCCAGAACCUCGACCCAAAAAAGAGGACAGAUAUCUUCAAUCUUAACCUGACGCAGAGGCUGCCGUGGGUGGAACAGGCUGUGCUGAUGCUGAGCAGCGCUCAGGUAGCGCCGUUUGCGCAGAUCAAGUCCAUGCUGUACUUUGUCACAUCCAUUACCGACGAGAUUAUCAUGAGUGAGCUCUCACGGCACGCAUGGCUAGUGCAUGGUAACUGGGUGGUCAAGAGCGAGCUCGUGUACCCCAAAAACGCGAAAUCGCAGAUAACCGGGUGCAGCGGGGACAAACUGCGGACCAUCCGAGACAUGUUUAUCCACAGUAUACACACAAUGGAUAACAUCAAAGCCCACGAGGUCGUCGAAGAUCCAUUCGCAUACAACCCAGAGGUGCUGGCGCACGACUUCUACCCGCCCUUCAUCGGCACACACUACCGUGAUAGUGCCGGAGACAUGCCCAGCAAGCCUAUGGGUCGGUUACACCGACCGGAGCACAACGCGCAGGUGUACAUCCGAGUGAAGGACAUGAGGGUUGGUGUAGUAGAGGAUGUGGAUGUCAGGGACUUCCGUGAGGUAUUCAAAGGGCCGGGGCGGCAUGUGAUAUCCAAGGGGUGGACGCUGAAACGUGCCACUGACCAAACCUUCAUCGAUGCACACCCGGAUAUAGUGCGAGAGCAGAACGCGCUCAUCGAAGCAACGCUGGGCAAGGCUGGCAGUGAUGUGGUGGUGAAGAAGGAGAGCGGCAGGCAAACGACGCCUACCAAGCCAAAACGGGAGCCUGCUAUCAAGAAAGAGGCCACCGCUGCAAGGCAUCCCAAGACAGCCACUCCUGAGAAGGCCCACAAGGAGUUUGCUAAACCAGCAGCAGUAACAGAGGCCGAGCGAUUGGAGAAACACCAGGCGGAAGAGUUAAAGUUCAAAACACAUAGGGCUGCCCUCAUUGCGCAUAUCGAGGCGUUGCUGGUCGAACACGGGGUGCUAUCCUACGCAGCCGUCAAGGCUCUCUGUGCCAGUGCAACCAAAAAGGAGUUCAAGGCCGAUGGAAAGGCUGUGUUUUUGGCGCUAAAGGCGGGGGGUCUGAGCGUGACGCUCGAGUGGUGGGACGGUCUGGACGAGGAUGCGGGUAACAAGACUGUCUAUGUGGCCAAGAGUGUUGGGGAUCCUGCGAAAGAUGAGUACCGCAAUGUGCUGCUGGAGUGUUUCCAAUUGGCUGAGUCGGUGAAGAAGAGCACUGUGGACGCGAUAUGCACGGAACGAUCUAUCGCAAUACCCGCCACAACGACAUUCACUCGCAUGGUUAAGGAAAUUGCAAAGAAAUCGGGAGGCGCUUGGUCGUUCAUGAUUCCUGAGGCAGAGAUAGAGGAUGAAGACGAGGAGGAAUAG